AUGCGUCAUCCAGUUGAUUUAAUAGCUUGGGAUACGAUAAAUCAUAAGUGGUCAGCUUUUGCAUCAGAUCCUAGAAAUCUCCGGCUUGGUCUUGCAACAGAUGGAUUCAACCCUUUUGGUGAUCUUAGUUCUAGAUAUAGUUGUUGGCCAGUUAUUUUGGUAAAUUACAACCUUCCUCCGUUGGUAAAUCUUAUGUUGACAUUAUUGAUUCCAGGCCCGAAGCAACCAGGAAAUGAUAUAGAUGUAUACUUGGAACCCCUAGUGGAGGAUUUGAAGGAGUUAUGGUACAUUGGUGUGGAGACGUAUGAUGCUUUUAGCAAGUCAGUGUUCAAUAUGAAGGCUAUUUUGAUGUGGACAAUCAAUGAUUUUCCAGCUUAUGGAAACUUAGCUGGAUGUGCCACAAAAGGGAAAUUUGGUUGCCCAAUAUGUGGUGAAGGCAUAUCUUCUAUGUGGCUUAAGUAUAGUAGAAAGUUUGCAUAUUUAGAGCAUAGGAGAUUUCUUGCUCCUAAUCAUCCAUUCCACAUUGAAAAUGACUGGGGUAAAAAGAAAAUGGGUAAAGAUAUUAAUAAUACAAAGAAAAAGAGGAAGGAGCGUGAUGGUUCAAAAAAAGUUCAAAAACCAGUUCAAAUGUGGAAGAAGUCAAUAUUUUUCAAUUUGCCAUACUGGAGUGGGCUCCUGCUACGUCAUAACUUAGAUGUUAUGCAUGUUGAAAAGAAUGUUUGCGAGAAUAUCAUAGGUACAAUGUUAAACUUAAAGAAAAAAAAAUCAAAAGAUGGUGUUAACGCUCGCAAAGAUUUGAGGUUGAAGAAAAUAAAGUUACCUGAUGGUUAUAGCUCAAAUAUUGGUAACUGUGUUUCUUUAGAAGAACGAAAGCUUAUUGGGUUGAAAUCUCAUGAUUGUCAUGUUCUUAUGCAACAAUUACUUUCAGUAGCAUUGAGAAGUCUUUUACCAAAAGGUCCACGUAAUGCUAUAUUUUUGCUUUGUGCAUUUUACAAUGAGUUAUGUCAAAGAGUGUUAGAUAGGAACCGUCUAGAACAACUCGAAGAGAAUAUUGCUGAAACUUUAUGCAUGUUGGAGAGGUACUUUCCACCAGCUUUCUUUACCAUCUCUGUUCAUUUGACAAUUCAUUUAGCAAGAGAGGCUCGCCUGUGUGGGCCAGUUCAAUUCCGCUGGAUGUAUCCAUUUGAAAGAUUUAUGAAAAUGCUUAAAGGCUAUGUGAAGAACCGAGCAAGGCCAGAGGGUUGCAUAACUGAGUGUUACCUUGCAGAAGAACGAAUACGAUUUUGUAGUGCUUAUAUAAAAAAAGCUGCUUGUAUUGGUCUCCGAUCUAAUCGGAAUGACGAUUUGGAAAAUGGAGUAGUGGAAGGUCGCCCCAUUUCUCAAGGAAAAGAAAUUUUUUUAGAAGAACAUUUGUUACAAGCAGCACAUCGAUAUGUGUUGUUCAAUACUGUAGAAAUUGAUCCUUACAUACAGAUGCACAUUGAGGAGCUUAAACAAACAGAUCGUCGUUUCUCAAGUAAUGAAACACUGUUACAAAAACGACAUAUGGAAACAUUUGCUCAAUGGUUAUCAAAACAUGUUCUUGAUAACUCUUCAGAUCGGAUUCAAUGGCUAGCACAUGGUCCAAGAAAGCAUGUUAUAUCGUAUACAGGUUAUAUUAUAAAUGGACAUCGGUUCCACACAAUUGAUGUUGGAAGGUCGACACAACAUAGUGGUGUUUCAGUUGAAGCUGAUACUAUUUGGCAAUCUAGUUCUACUAAUUCACAUACAAUAGGAAGACUAUCGUACUAUGGGGUUAUACGAGAUAUUGUGUUACUAGACUAUUAUUUUUUCAAAGUACCUGUUUUUAGGUGUGAUUGGGCUAAUCCUGGAACUGGUAUCAAAAUGGAUGAUGGUUUUACACUUGUCAACUUACACCAAGGACUAAGGACUUUUGAAAAUGAUCCUUUCAUUUUAGCAUCACAAGCAAAGCAAGUUUUCUAUUCUAGGGAAAAUGAUGAAUCAAAUUGGUAUGUGUUGCUAAAAGCGCCACCUCGAGGUAUUCAUAACAUGGAUUUGCUUGAAGAGGAUGCAUAUACAUCAUCAAAACCUCUUGAUGUGUCCAGACUUGAGAUUAACAUUACUGAGAAAGAACCAUAUUCCAGAAAUGAGUGUGAGGGAAUUGAUGUUAUUGAUAUCCCAUGA